GAGGCUUCUGCAGGCUGUAAAGGCUCUCCAGCAGCUGGAGGAGGAGGAGGAGGAGGAUGAAGGAGCUGUGAGGAGCUGAUCUUAGAUCAGAUCAGCAAACUUUCUGAUGCGUUUUCUCACUCUGGAGCUUCUUCUUCUUCUUCUUUAAGCUAUGAGUGACAUCUACGAGUCAGCGGCCAGCUCUCUGGGCCUGUUCGACGGCUGCUGCCUGACGAAGGUGGAGCUGAGGAUCACCUGCAAGGUCAUCUCGGACCGGGACGCCCUGUCCAAGCGACCCUGCUUCGUCCUCAAGAUGAAGUCCCACGGCCAGUGGAUGGAGGUGGACCGGACGGAGGUGAUCCGCAGCAGCGUGAACCCCACCUACUCCAAGGUCUUCACGCUGGACUUUUACUUCGAGGAGGUGCAGCGGCUGCGCCUGGAGCUCUACGACAUCAACGGCAGCCUGAAGGAGGCCGACUUCCUGGGCUCGGUGGAGUGCACGCUGGGCCAGAUCAUCUCUCAGAGGAAACUGUGCAAAGCUCUGCUCAGACCAGGAGGCACUGUGGGGAAAACCAUCAUCACGAUCUCAGCCGAGGAGCUGACGGGCAACGACGACUACAUCGAGCUGUCCUUCAGCGCCAGGAAGCUGGACGACAAGGACUUCUUCAGUAAGUCCGACCCGUUCCUGGAGAUCUACCGGCUGAACGACGACGCCACGAUGCAGCUCGUCUACCGGACCGAGACGGUGAUGAAUAAUCUGAACCCGGUGUGGAAAACCUUCAAAGUGUCUCUCAACUCGCUCUGCAGCGGAGACCACGAACGCAAGCUGCAGUGCACCGUCUGGGACUGGGACUCCAACGGGAAGCACGACUACAUCGGGGAGUUUGAAGCCACGUUCAACGAGAUGAGAGGAGCCAUCGAUGGACGACAGGUGCAGUGGCCGUGUCUCAAUCCCAAGUACACAGUCAAAAAGAAGAACUACAAGAACUCUGGGAUCGUCAUUCUCAACCAGUGCAAGAUCAUCAAGAUGCACUCGUUCCUGGACUACAUCAUGGGGGGCUGUCAGAUCCAGUUCACAGUGGCCAUUGACUUCACUGCGUCGAACGGAGAUCCUCGAAACAGCUGCUCGCUGCACUACAUCCACCCGUACCAACCCAAUGAGUACCUGAAGGCCCUGGUGGCCGUGGGGGAGAUCUGCCAGGACUACGACAGUGACAAAAUGUUUCCUGCGUUCGGCUUCGGCGCUCAGAUCCCUCCUGACUACAAGGUGUCCCAUGACUUUGCAGUGAAUUUUAACAAGGAAAACCCGGAGUGUGCAGGGAUCCAGGGCGUGGUGGAGGCCUACCAGGCCUGCCUGCCCAAGCUGCAGCUUUACGGACCCACCAACAUCGCUCCCAUCAUCCAGAAGGUCGCCAACUCCGCCUCACAGGAGCUCCACACCAAAGAAGCCAUGCAAUACUUCAUCCUGUUGAUCCUGACGGACGGCGUUAUCACCGACAUGGCAGACACGAGGGAGGCCAUCGUUCAGGCCUCCCACCUCCCCAUGUCCGUCAUCAUCGUGGGGAUCGGUAACGCCGACUUCGGCGACAUGCAGAUGCUGGACGGAGACGAUGGGAUCCUGCGGUCGCCCAAAGGGGAACCUGUUUUCCGGGACAUUGUCCAGUUCGUCCCCUUCCGCAACUUCAAACACGCGUCUCCAGCGGCUCUGGCUAAGAGUGUGUUAGCGGAGGUUCCCAACCAGGUGGUUGACUACUACAACAGCAAAGGCAUCAAGCCCAAAGUGCCGAGCCACUUCCAGUCUUCCAGGCCCUUCGGCCCCUGAGCGCCGCCGGGGCCACAGCACAAACCGAGGAACACGUCUACUGUCUUUAGGUGUUUGUUGAUGCAGAUGUUAAAAAUGAUACCGUUUGUUGACUGGGAAACCUCCAAAAUCAGGACAUUUGUCACAUUAGCUUUGUAGCCAAUUUACAUAAUUCUUAUCUGUUAUGAAGUAACUGCUUAAAAGUUUAACUCGUAUUCAACUUUUAGUCCACUUAGCAACUAAACCGGCGGAUUAUUUUAGCUAACUUGUAGCCAGUAGGUUUGUCAGUUGAGCUAAUUAAGCUGAGCAGCUUCUGUUAGCUGUUCUUUAGCGAGCAUAUGAGCAGUUAGCCAGCAGCCCCAGUAGCUCGCUAGCUCGCCCUGCAAGUAGCCACCACAUCUGCAAACGAGGCAGAGGAUCACCAACAGAUGCCUGAGGAGCUUUGUCUUGUCUUGUCCCAUGUAUGAGCGCCCGCGUUGGUCACGCCGGCCCUGAUGAGGCCGCGUUUUCAUGGUGGAAAGUCACAAAAUCCUGGAGUGCAAAUCAGGUUCAUGCGCGCACGCAAAUCAAACAUUCAAAAGCAAAAGUCUGCCUCGAGCGAGGAAAAGUCCUUGAAGUCCAACUCUGUGAAGCCUGCGAAUAUUUUAUCUUAUCUAAAUAUAUAAAUGUAAAUAUGAAAUAUUUGUUUUGACAACGUUUUAUCUCAUUUCGACUUUCUGUCCCGUUUCCUUAGUGCUGAAAUGGGCUUCUUGUCACGAACGGGCAGGCAGAGGCACAGUUCUGAAAACAAAAGGUAAUUUUAAUAAAUCCCAAAACUCCAAAAUCCCAAAACACCAGGAGGGAAAAACGCAGACACGGACCAGGAACUCACAGGCGAGACAUUCACGAGCACGACCGCCAUUCAGGUUUGACCAUUCGAUGACAAUCGAAUCGAGACGCACAAAGCUUAAAUACACAGGGAGGUGCAGGUGAUUGACACAGGUGGAAACAAUCACAGGGGACGACAGGACAAGACAGGAAGUGAAGUUAACGCAGCGACACCAGAGGCAUGAAACUACUGAACCCAAACGCGACACUUCUAUAGUGUGAGUGCAUCACUCCAGCCAAUCCAAAGACGGGGUUUGUGACCAAUGAGAUGUAGAGACCAUGAUGACUGGUCCCGCCCCCUCAGCGUGGCAGACUUUUGCUCGUGAACUUGCGCGCCGCAUGAACCUGAACCUGGAUUUUGACAGUGAUUUGCUGCCAUAACAAACGGCAGACAGGAUGACCAGCGGAAAAACGACGUAUAAAUCCCCCCUUGCUGGUGCGGUUUUAUAGAAGUUUAUCGAUAUUUUGCUAAAUUUCGUAAGGUUUGUACAUGUGCAGUUUUUUGGAUCUCUGCCACAUGAACAAGCGAGCUGCUUCCCAGACGUCUGCAUCUUCUACAGGGUUUUAUCUCCAAGGCCGGGCAGAUGCAUGAACUGUUGUUUUGCAUGCAAACCUCGGGGCUCCUCGGUCCGUUUCCCUGGUAGUGAAGGUAGUGAGUAAUAUGAGUAACGGUAACGUUUACGUUGCAUCUGACAAAUGCUCCAAAGCAUGUUCAUGUGUGAGUAGAUUUAAAAGCACAUCCCAAGUAGCCUUGGGAGACUUUUAGAUUAUGGUGAUAGAUUUUAUUGACUUUGUGCCACAACGCCUGCCCAUCUCUCUUUUUGUCUUUGAAUGUACUGCUAUGGUUCACUACUUUUUUCCAUUUUACUGUUGACUGGAGCUUUUUAUGUGUAUAACAUUGUUUCCGUCUUUCAGUCUACAUUUAUUUUGUUUUGGAGUGAGAACAGGUACUGAAGUCAAAGACAAGCCAAUUGGUUCCAGGCCAUCUGUUUUAAUCAUCAGAUCUUUAGGAAUCAGAAAGAAGUCCAGUUGUAUUUUCCCACCAUCUUAUUCUCGGGGGUCCCGAGGCGUACCCGGGGCAGAUAGGAUAAUCUGGCUCUACUCCCCGGUCCCCUUCCGGUAGGUCUCCCUCCUGCCCCCUGUCAGAGAUGUUAAGAACCCCCCACAAGAAUGCAGAUGCUCAAACCAACCAACAUGGCUCCCUUUAACACAAAGAAGAAGCUGCCAGACAACCUCCUUUGUAAAGUCGAAGAUCUCAUUCUUGCCAAUGCAAACGGAGUAUUCUACAGUUUGACGUCCCAGAACUCAUGACCACAGAUGAGGGUUUG